AUGACAGACGCUGAGAAGCUCGAGCCUCCCAAGGGUAGUCCCGUUGAGGACCCUGGAGCCCACGAGCUUGCUGAGGAAUCCGAGUCCGAUGACCAAUUUACGGAUGCUGCUUCUGGUUCUGGGAGCCCCAGGAUCAGCUCGCCAAUUCCCAUAACCCGAGUCGAAAAAGUCGAUGAUCAACCUUCGCACGGCGAGGUUCCCGGUACUCAGGCGUAUGAGUUGCGAGGACAAGAUGCUCAGCCUGACGAGAUCGCAAUUGCCCCAGAAACAGCCGCAGACGCUCCCCCGACUCCCAAAGUCAGCCCUCCCACGACCGUCGUAGAGGAGGCUCCUGAGCUUCCUGGAGCCAGAAGCCGAUCGUAUUCCAUUCAGUACGAGGAGAGGCGCAGGGCAGAUGCAUCCCCGGAUAUUCUUGUGGCUUCUGAUGGGCAGAUCAAGGAGAUUCAAGGCGAGAGCACAAAUGUGGAAAGCAAUUCUGAUAAUUCAACACCCUCGCCCGAUUCUGCAAACACGAAAUUACAAGAUGAACCUUCCGAGGAACCUAGCGUUCUGGCUUCUCCUUUGCAAAAUGGUGACGGUGACCAUGAAGAUGACGACAAGGAAGAGAAUGAUGAUGACAAUAACGAAGAUGAAGACAAUGGCGACGAUGAGUUCGGUGACGACUUUGACGAUUUUGAAGAGGGUAAUGAGGACGAUGAUUUCGACGACUUUGAGGACGGAUUCCAAGAAGCAGAAACUCCAGCACCUGUUGCUGCGGCACAACCCACGCCGCAAUCUACAUUACCAUUUCCCAUACCCGACUUCGACGGUGUCGAUGCAGAAGGAGUCCUCAAUGCAUUGGAACCUUUCCUUGCUACUCUAUUUCCCCCAGAAGAGCUCGACCUACCCCAGUUCCCACCUCUAUCCAAAGACUCAGUGUUCUUUACCCCACGAUCAGCAUCUUUGUGGUCGCAACUUGUGGCGCCUCCGCCUCUUGCCCCUCCAGACUGGAUCCGUUCCCGGACACGCCGUCUCUUCCUUGUCUCACUCGGCGUUCCUGUCGAUCUGGACGAGAUUCUUCCGGCUUCAAAGCAAAAGAAGCUUGUCCUUCCGUCAUUGAAUGUCGCUACGCUCUCUCCUCGGAACUCUACAGAUUCUCGAUCUGUCUCCCGGUUGCGGCAGGGCGAGGGCAAUAAUUCGUCUACGUCAGUCGACACUCAAGGAAAGCCUUCUGCGCCAUCAAGGAAGCGCCGCGGCCCUCCACCACAGCCAGAGCUAGAUCUCGUGGCUGCUCGUCACCUUUGCCAAACGACGGAUGAAGCUCUUGACGGCAUGACUGAUGAUGAGCUCAAGGCUCAUAUCGCCAAACUGCAAGGUUUGGAAGAAGCAGCAAAGGAGGCGCUGGAGUAUUGGAAAAAGAGGACAGACGAAAAGAUUGGCGAUAGGGAAGCCUUUGAGGGGGUUAUAGAAAACUUGGUCAAGCACGCGCGCAAGGUUCGCAAAUAG